GUUGCUCGCCAAAGAGGCAAUAUCUUUGUUAAAAUAAUUUAAAACACCAUGAUUGAUAAAGUGGCAUUAGUAACGGGGUCCAACCAAGGCAUUGGGUUCGCUAUCGUCGAAGAAUUACUAAAGAGAGAAGUAAAGUAUGUCUACGUGACAUCUAGGAACGAGCAACGGGGCCAGGAUGCCGUCAACAAGCUUAAAGCAAAAGGUCUGAACCCUCUUUUUCACCAGCUAGAAGUCACUGAUGCAGAAAGUGUUAAAAAAUGCGCGGCUUACUUGAAAUCAAAACAUGGUGGCUUGGAUAUACUUAUCAAUAACGCUGGCGUCAUUACGGAAGAUUGGGAGAAAACGACAUACGAGGACGCAGUUCGAGUUAUCACCACCAACUACUACGCUAUCCUGACGAUCCAGGAGCAUUUCUUCCCAAUCCUGAAUCAGAACGCGAGAGUAAUCAACAUUUCGAGCGACUGUGGGCACAUAUCUAAUCUCAAAAACAAAGAUUGGAUAGCCACAUUGACGAAGAAGGAUCUAAAGAAGGAUGACAUUGAUGCAUUCGUUAACUGGUUUUUAGACUCGGUCAAGAAUGGAACUUUGAAAAACGAGGACUUCUUUCAGACAGAGUUGCUCGCUUACCGGAUUUCCAAAGUGGCGCUGUGCGCUUUGACCAUCGUGCAACAGAAUGAGAUUGAUAGAAACAUUUCUGUGAACUCUCUACACCCUGGAUUCGUGCAGACGUCGAUGACUAACGGGAGUGGCCCUUUUACAAUGGAACAGGCUAGCAAAGCCCCGGCAUAUUUAGCUUUGGACGUGGAUCAGUCGGUAAAAGGACAGUACUUCUGGUAUGAUAAGGAAGCGAAAGAUUGGCGGAACCCCAACCUUCCUCUCUACUGUGAUUUUAAUGUAACAAAGCAGUAUUUGUAAAUUAUGUA